GGAUAUGGGGACUCAUGGGUAGACAAAGUCCUUCAAUUGUUCCAAAUUUCCAACUUGAACCACGGUUUGAUGAUGGUUGGUCCAUCAGGAAGCGGAAAAUCUGCAGCAUGGAAGGUUUUGUUGAAAGCUCUCGAACGUUAUGAGGGCGUUGAAGGCGUUGCUCACGUCAUUGAUCCAAAAGCCAUUUCCAAGGAAGCUCUUUAUGGUGUCUUGGAUCCAAAUACUCGUGAAUGGACUGAUGGUUUGUUCACUCACAUCUUGCGUAAAAUCAUUGAUAAUGUUCGUGGUGAGCUUGUUAAGCGUCAAUGGAUCAUCUUUGAUGGUGAUGUCGAUCCAGAAUGGGUUGAAAAUUUGAACUCCGUACUCGAUGACAACAAAUUACUCACUUUGCCAAACGGUGAACGUCUCUCAUUGCCUCCGAAUGUUCGUAUCAUGUUCGAAGUCCAAGACUUGAAAUUCGCCACUCUUGCGACAGUUUCUCGUUGCGGCAUGGUUUGGUUCUCCGAAGAUGUCUUGUCAACUGAAAUGGUAUUCGAAAAUUACAUGUCUCGUUUGAGAAAUAUUCCGUUGGAAGAUGCCGACGAGGAUAAUAGUUUCAUUAUCACUGCUGCUAAAGCGAAUCAAGAAGGUGGAAAGGAAGAAGAAAUUUCUCCAGCGCUUCAAACUCAACGAGAAAUUGCGUCACUUUUACAACCGUACUUUGGUGCUGAUGGUUUAGUCGUCAAAACACUCGAAUUCGCCAUGGAACAAGAACACAUCAUGGAUUUCACACGUCUACGUGCUCUCGGUUCUUUAUUCUCGAUGAUCAAUCAGAGCAUUCGAAACGUUUUGGCAUACAACCAACAACACUCGGAUUUCCCAAUUCCGCCCGAACAAUUGGAACAAUACAUGCAACGUUCGUUAGUUUAUUGCGUUUUGUGGUCCUUCGCUGGUGACUGCAAGCUCAAGGGACGUUGUGACCUGGGCGAUUUCAUUCGUAGUGUCACCACCAUCCCGUUACCGAGUCAAUCUGGCGCCCCAAUUAUCGACUACGAAGUUGCCAUUAGUGGCGAUUGGGUCCCAUGGUCGAACAAAGUUCCCGUUAUCGAGGUGGAAACACAUAAAGUUGCCGCUCCUGAUAUUGUUGUACCAACUUUGGACACAGUUCGUCACGAAUCGCUCUUGUACACUUGGCUAGCUGAACACAAGCCUCUCGUGUUGUGCGGUCCUCCUGGUUCCGGUAAAACGAUGACUUUGUUCUCGGCAUUGCGCGCCUUGCCAGACAUGGAAGUGGUCGGCUUGAAUUUCUCAUCAGCUACAACACCCGAACUUUUGCUGAAGACCUUCGAUCAUUACUGCGAAUACCGAAAGACGCCAAACGGAGUCGUUCUCGCACCAGUUCAACUCGGAAAAUGGCUCGUAUUGUUCUGCGACGAAAUCAAUUUGCCGGAUAUGGAUUCGUAUGGCACGCAACGUGUCAUUUCAUUCUUGCGACAACUCGUUGAACACAAAGGUUUCUACAAAGCAGCUGAUCAUUCGUGGGUUUCGUUGGAACGAAUUCAAUUCGUUGGGGCUUGUAAUCCUCCCACAGAUCCUGGUAGAAAGCCGUUGAGUCAUCGAUUCUUGAGACACGUUCCGAUCAUUUACGUCGAUUAUCCUGGCGAAACUUCAUUGAAGCAAAUUUACGGCACUUUCUGUCGUGCAAUGUUGCGUCUCAUGCCGAAUUUACGUGGUUAUGCAGAGCCUCUUACAAACGCAAUGGUCGAAUUUUAUCUGGCAUCACAGGAAAAAUUCACGCAAGACAUGCAACCGCAUUACGUUUAUUCGCCUCGUGAAAUGACUCGAUGGACUCGUGGCAUUUGCGAAGCAAUUCGUCCCUUGGAUAAUUUACCGGUUGAGGGAUUGGUUCGAUUGUGGGCUCACGAAGCACUUCGUUUGUUCCAAGAUCGUUUGGUCGAAGAAUCGGAAAGACGUUGGACGAAUGAAAAUAUUGAUAUUGUGGCGAUGAAACAUUUCCCCGGAAUCGACAGAGAAAAGGCCCUGGAACGCCCAAUUUUGUACAGUAACUGGUUGUCGAAGGAUUACAUGCCUGUUAAUCGUAGCGAGUUGCGAGAUUAUGUCAAGGCACGUUUGAAGGUCUUCUAUGAAGAAGAACUCGAUGUCCCGCUCGUACUCUUUGAUGAAGUUUUGGAUCACGUUCUUCGUAUCGACCGAAUUUUCCGACAACCCCAAGGACAUUUACUCUUAAUUGGAGUUUCGGGCGCCGGAAAGACCACUCUUUCACGUUUCGUUGCCUGGAUGAACGGAUUGUCGGUGUUCCAGAUCAAAGUUCACAACAAAUACACGGGCGAAGAUUUCGAUGAAGAUCUCCGAAGCGUUUUACGUCGUUCGGGAUGCAAAGAUGAAAAAAUUGCGUUCAUCAUGGACGAGUCAAAUGUCCUCGAUUCCGGUUUCCUUGAAAGAAUGAACACUCUUUUAGCCAACGGUGAAGUUCCGGGAUUGUUUGAAGGGGACGAAUACACGACACUGAUGACGCAAUGCAAGGAAGGUGCUCAACGUGAAGGUUUGAUGUUAGAUUCCAGUGACGAACUGUACAAAUGGUUCACACAACAAAUUAUGCGCAAUUUGCAUGUUGUUUUCACCAUGAAUCCCUCGACGGAUGGCUUGAAAGAUCGUGCUGCAACAUCUCCUGCACUUUUCAAUCGUUGUGUCCUCAAUUGGUUCGGAGAUUGGUCCGAUGGCGCAUUGUUCCAAGUUGGCAAAGAGUUCACGGUGCGUGUUGAUUUGGAAAAACCAUCGUGGCAAGCGCCAGAUUUCUUCCCAGCUACAUGCGAUAUUGUCCCGCAAGUCCCGAAUCACAGAGAUGCCGUUCUCAAUGCGUUCGUUUAUGUGCAUCAGACGCUCCACAAGGCAAAUGCUCGUUUGGCGAAGCGCGGUGGCAGGACAAUGUUCAUUACGCCACGUCAUUAUUUGGACUUUAUUCAUCAUUUCGUCAAAUUGUAUGGUGAAAAACGUAGUGAUUUGGAGGAACAACAACUCCAUUUGAAUGUCGGUUUGAAUAAGAUUGCGGAAACUUUGGAACAGGUUGAAGAAAUGCAAAAAUCCCUUGCAAUCAAAUCGCAAGAGCUCCAAGCUAAGAACGAAGCUGCUAACGCAAAAUUGAAACAAAUGUUCAGCGAUCAACAAGAAGCCGAAAAGAAAAAGGUUCAAUCGCAAGAAAUUCAACAACAACUCGCCCAACAAACCAUCAAAAUCGAAGAAAAACGCAAGAGCGUAAUGGCUGACUUAGCUAAAGUCGAACCUGCUGUCAUUGAUGCCCAACAAGCUGUCAACUCUAUUAAGAAGCAACACUUGGUUGAGGUCAGAUCAAUGGCAAAUCCACCGGCUGUCGUUAAAUUGGCACUUGAAUCCAUUUGCCUGCUUCUCGGCGAAAAUGCAACAGAUUGGAAAGCUAUUCGUGCCGUUAUCAUGCGAGAAAAUUUCAUUCAUUCUAUUGUUACUAAUUUCGAUACUGAGGCUAUAACCGAUGAGGUGCGCGAAAAGAUGCGUAGCAAGUAUUUGAGCAACCCAGAUUACAACUUUGAGAAAGUCAAUCGUGCCAGUAUCGCAUGUGGUCCCAUGGUUAAAUGGGCAAUUGCUCAAAUCGAGUACGCAGACGUGCUAAAACGUGUCGAACCAUUGCGUGACGAGCUUCGUUCCUUAGAAGAUCAAGCCCAAACGAACGUCAAGAACGGUCAAGACGUUAAGGAUUUGAUUACGCAACUCGAACAUAGCAUUGCGCAGUACAAGGAAGAGUAUGCGCAACUUAUUUCGCAAGCGCAGGCUAUCAAAACGGACUUGGAGAAUGUCCAGGCGAAGGUUGAUCGUUCAAUUGCUUUGUUGAAGAGUUUGAACAUCGAGCGAGAACGUUGGGAAGCCACAAGUGAAACGUUCAAGAGUCAAAUGGCAACAAUCGUUGGUGAUGUUUUGUUGUCUGCGGCAUUCAUUGCUUACGGUGGUUACUUUGAUCAACAUUACCGUAGCAGUUUGUUCAAUACGUGGAGUCAACAUUUGCAUGCCGCCAAUAUCAAUUAUCGACCAGAUAUUGCCCGCACCGAAUAUCUUUCCAAUCCCGAUGAACGUCUUCGUUGGCAAGCGAAUGCCUUACCAACUGACGAUUUGUGCACGGAGAACGCUAUCAUGCUGAAACGCUUCAACCGUUAUCCACUUAUCAUCGAUCCAUCGGGUCAAGCAACGGAAUUCAUCAUGCGCGAGUUCGCAUCACGCAAAAUUACCAAAACCAGCUUCUUGGACGACUCAUUCCGCAAGAAUUUGGAAUCAGCAUUGCGUUUUGGUAAUCCACUGCUCGUGCAAGACGUCGAAAAUUACGAUCCAAUUUUGAAUCCUGUCUUGAAUCGGGAGUUGAGACGCACGGGAGGUCGUGUCCUCAUCACGUUGGGCGAUCAAGAUAUCGAUUUGUCACCGAGUUUCGUCAUCUUUUUGUCGACACGUGAUCCGACAGUCGAAUUCCCGCCAGAUAUUUGCUCACGUGUGACUUUUGUCAACUUUACCGUUACUCGUAGCUCGUUGCAGUCGCAAUGUUUGAAUCAAGUACUCAAAGCGGAAAGACCUGAUAUCGAUGAAAAACGAUCGGAUUUGUUGAAAUUGCAAGGCGAGUUCCAUUUGCGACUCAGACAACUCGAAAAGAGUUUGUUGCAGGCUCUCAACGAUGCCAAGGGUAAAAUCUUGGAUGACGAUUCCGUUAUUGCGACAUUGGAAACUUUGAAAAAGGAAGCUGCUGAUAUCGGACAAAAGGUCGAAGAAACGGACAAGGUUAUUGCUGAGAUUGAAACUGUGUCACAGCAAUAUUUGCCGUUGUCGCAAGCUUGCAGUAACAUCUACUUCACCAUGGACACGUUGAAUCAAGUUCAUUUCUUGUACCAAUAUUCGUUGAAGAUGUUCCUCGAUAUCUUCAGUUCGGUCUUGUACAACAACAUAAAGCUCGAUGGAAAGUCAGAUCAUGCCAUUCGUUUGCAAAUUAUCACGCAGGAACUUUUCUCCGUCGUUUAUGAACGUGUUGCUCGUGGAAUGUACCACAAUGAUCGCUUGACACUCGCAAUUUUAUUGUGUCGCAUCCACUUGAAAGGAUCCCAAGAUGGCAAUUUGGAACAAGAAUUCAACUUCUUCUUGCGUAGUCGAGAAGGUCUCGUACCCCAUAUCGGUCAUAUUGAAGGCUUGACAGGCGAACAACAAGAAAGUGUCACUCGACUUUCGACAAAAUUGCAAAUCUUCAAGAAACUUAUUGACAAAGUAAAGUCCAUGCCGGAUGUCUUGGCGUGGUUGCAACAAGCGACUCCCGAACAAAAUGUUCCGCAAUUGUGGGAUGAAUCGAAAGCGUUAUCUCCAAUCGCUGCUGCAAUGCAUCAACUUUUGCUUAUUCAAGCAUUCCGACCGGAUCGAGUUGUUGCUGCAGCUCAUGUCUUUGUCGACUCUGUCCUCGGAGAAGAAUUCAUGCCGUUAGCUGAGAAGGAAUUAAAUUUCGCAUCUGUCGUCGAAAAACAACUAAAUUGCAACACUCCCGCUUUAUUGUGUUCCGUUCCUGGAUUUGACGCUUCUGGCCGUGUUGAUGACUUGGCUGCUGAACUGAAUAAACAAAUUUCCAGCAUCGCCAUCGGUUCUGCUGAAGGUUUCAAUCAAGCUGAACGUGCGAUCAACGCUGCUUGCAAAUCCGGAAAAUGGGUCUUGUUGAAGAACGUUCACUUGGCUCCUCAAUGGUUGGUUCAAUUAGAGAAGAAACUUCACUCGCUUUCACCGCAUCCACAAUUCCGUUUGUUCUUGACGAUGGAAAUCAAUCAAAAAGUUCCCGUCAACUUGCUUCGAGCUGGUCGCAUCUUCGUUUAUGAACCGCCACCAGGUAUUCGUGCCAAUUUGUUGCGCACUUUCUCGACUGUGCCACCAAACCGGAUGAUGAAACAACCGAGUGAACGUGCUCGUUUGUACUUCUUGCUCGCUUGGUUCCAUGCCAUCGUGCAAGAACGUUUGCGUUACGUGCCACUUGGAUGGGCGAAGAAAUACGAGUUUAAUGAGUCCGAUUUACGUGUCGCUUGUGACACGCUUGACACGUGGAUUGAUGCAACCGCAAUGGGAAGAACUAAUUUGCCACCGGAAAAGGUGCCAUGGGAUGCUCUCGUUACGUUGUUAUCUCAAAGCAUUUACGGCGGUAAAAUUGAUAACGACUUCGAUCAACGUCUUCUUUGUUCGUUCUUGAGCAAACUUUUUACCGCAAAGAGUUUCGAAGCAGAUUUCGCUCUUGUGGCGAACGUUGAUGGUGUCGCUGGUGGUCCGAAUGGACAACGACACAUUACGAUGCCCGAUGGAACGCGACGUGAUGAAUUCUUGAAAUGGAUUGAAACAUUGGCAGAUCGUCAAACGCCGUCGUGGCUUGGAUUGCCGAAUAACGCCGAACGUGUUUUGCUUACAACACGUGGAACGGACUUGGUCAGCAAAUUAUUGAAGAUGCAACAGUUGGAGGACGACGAUGAAUUGGCUUACAGUGCCGAUGACAACUUGGAAUCGCAAACGAAGCAAGAAGACGGUCGUCCAUCGUGGAUGAAAACGUUGCACAACUCGGCAAUCACCUGGCUUGAAUUGCUCCCGAAACAACUUCAAACGUUGCGUCGCACCGUGGAAAAUAUCAAAGAUCCACUUUACCGUUAUUUCGAACGUGAAGUCUCAUCAGGUGCGAAAUUGCUUUCCACUGUGGUUCAAGACUUGCAAGAUGUCGUGUUGAUUUGUCAAGCAGAGAAAAAGCAAACGAACUACCAUCGCACCAUGUUAAGCGAACUCGUUCGUGGCAUUUUGCCUGCUGGUUGGCGUCGUUACACAGUUCCGCCCGGUUGUACCGUCAUCCAAUGGAUAACUGACUUUAGUCAACGUAUCCAGCAACUGCAAAAGGUCUCAGCUCUUGUAUCGCAAUCGGGAGCCAAGGAACUUCAAGGAUUCCCCGUCUGGUUGGGCGGCUUACUCAAUCCCGAAGCUUAUAUCACGGCAACGCGUCAAUGCGUCGCACAGGCAAACAGUUGGCCAUUGGAAGAGUUGUCACUUGAUGUCACAAUUACCGAAGGCAGUGCCGAUAACAAUCAAAAGGACAGCAGUUUCGGUGUCGUUGGAUUAAAAUUGCAAGGAGCUCAAUGCAAAAAUAAUCAACUUCUGUUGACGUCGACAAUUAUGACGGAUUUACCGACUACUUUGUUGAAGUGGGUGCGUGUCGGAGCGGAUCAUCGCUCAUCGAAAUUGACUUUGCCGGUUUAUUUGAACUCGACCAGAGCGGAAUUGUUGUUCACAGUGGAUUUGGCAGUUGCUCCAGGACAAGAUCCACAUAGCUUCUAUGAGAGAGGCGUUGCUGUACUCACUUCCACUGCAUUAAAUUAAAAGCGUGGAGGUUAAAAAAAAAAUUUAAUCCAA